AUCCAACCUAGACGACGACGACGACGACGACGACGGGACCAGACGUGGUGAUUUUUUACAGUCGCCUUUAUGUCGAAGACGCGUGAGGCUCCGUGAGGGGUAGCGGCGCCGGAACAGCUGUCCACGUCUUCGGUCGUUCUCGGCCACCUGCUGCCAUAAACGUAGGUCCCGCAAAACGUUUCCCGAGAGCAACGUGAAUAAAAUCGGGUAGCGAUGACGGACGCAUCGAAUUUACCGGGUGCCUCUACGGGACAGAGGGCGAUGUCGAGGAUAUUGCGGCAGCGGGCCCAGGAGUUCCUCGCCUCGCGGAAGUACGCCAAUAACCUGGUGGAUAUAAUUGGUCACUGGGAUGAAUCAACCUGCCCGUGCCUACUCACGAUAGAGACGAUAUUCGUGGAGGUGCUGAAGCGCGGCGAUAUGUACAUGGAGCGUUCAAUAGCCCUCACCAUUUCGGAACCUAACCCAGAAUCUCGCUAUACCGUCUGGCUAAAAAAUUGCUAUGAGGAAGUCUGGAAGAAAAUAUUAGCAUCUAUGGAGAAGAAUCGGUCAGCUAUUCAAUUACAAGCUCUUACCACCGCGAUGAAGCUAAUGGCGGAAGAGGGUAAAGCGCUGAUAGAACCGCGUGAUAAUCCGGGAUAUCACUUUCCUCUGCAUCGUUUAAAGCCCAUUCUCAUGACUCUACUCUCUCCUGAAAAGGACAAUACUAAUUUAAUAUCAAGAUUUCAAGAGAUUACCGGAUACCCUGACGUUUUGUAUUACACGUGGAGAUGCCUACCCUCUCUCACCCCGAAAAGACAGCCGAAAGAAAUUUAUAUCAAGAAUCUCUUGGAACUUAUAGAUAAAAUACCACUGCCAAAAGAAGAAGAAGCAUCUGAAAUGUCGGACAAUAAAGAACUGUUGUGUGGACCGCAACAAGAUGCUGCAUUUACAUGGGAUCAAUCAAACGUUAAACGCGCAUUAAACAAAGUCUGGGCCUGCGUUAUGCAUUGGGAAUUAACGCCGCAAUUACAUAAACAGUUGCUGAUAGUUUUAUUGGAACGAGUCAUAUCACAUUUAGAAAAACCGAUAUUAUUAACGGACUUUUUAAUGGACUCCCUAGAUGCAAACGGUCCUGUCGGAGUACUCGCAUUGCAAGGCGUAUUCAUACUUGUUACUAAACAUAAUUUAGAAUACCCGAAUAUUUUCACCAAACUGUAUUCAAUGUUUGAGCCCGAGAUCUUUCAUACGAAAUACAAGGCUCGUCUGUUCUACUUGUCCGAUCUGUUUCUCAGUUCGACACAUCUCCCAGAAGCGUUAGUAGCAGCGUUCGCGAAACGACUUGCGCGUCUAACAUUAGUCGCGCCACCAGAGGAUAUUCUGAUAAUCUUGCUCUUUGUGGGUAAUCUGUUGCUUCGACAUCCAGGAUUGAAAAGGCUGAUAGAUCAUCCACAAGGUGGUGAGGCUCCCUCGAAUGCGAGUACCGGAGCGGGUGAUCCAUUUCUCAUGGAAGAGCGCGAUCCGUUGUUAAGUAAUGCAUUGCACAGCAGUCUCUGGGAGAUCCGGGCAUUGCAAUGGCAUAUUUUACCAAGCAUCGCCACCGCUGCGCGUUUCAUUCGAGAGCCGUUACCCUCGGUCGAGUAUGACAUGGCAUCGGCGUUAGAGCGCACUGGUGAUCAUCUCUUCGAAAACGAAUUGAAGAAGAAAGUUAAAGAUAUCAUGCUGACGUUUGAGAGACCAAACUCUAUGGCGCUGCAGAAGGGAGAGAAAUUAUUGCAAUAUUGGCAACUCACACAUUGAUCCUGUACGCGGCGUAAUCGACGCCGAGAGUGCAAUAUAUCGUGAGAAAAGGCCCAUCAUUGUUUAUGUCAUCGACAAUAUAUAAGCCCCAGGAUAACGUUCAUGUUUCAGGUGAAAAAUAAAGACUUUUGUGUUUUAUAUUGCAUAUCUACGACGAAAACGGUACAGCAUAUUUUUCUGUAACGUUGAGUAUCUACUUUUGAAAUAAUGAAUUUGUGUCUAAUUCGUCGAUCAUGAUAUAAACAAAAAAAUAUAUAUACAUAUAUAUAUAUAUAUAUUUGCUUUUUGUUAUCUAUCUCAGUUUUAAAAAUUAAUGUUUGUGUACGCAUAAAGUAUGUGCAAGUGAGUAAUACUGAUAUUAUUUAACUCUUUCGCUGCUCUUCAUAAUUUUAUUAUAAAUUGUUAUUAUUUUGCGAUAAGUUUUUUUAAACUUGCUUAAAUAAGAGAAAAAUUUACGGAAGUUUAAUAUUACUUUUUAUAUCUUACCAGUAUGAAAAAGAAUACAUAUACCAGUAUGUAUAAAAGAAUACACGAAAAUUGUGUGAUUGUGAUCAAUUCAUUCAUCUGUCUCGACAUAACAAUAUUUAUUUCAUUAUAUUAAUAAAUAAUUUACAAAAAAAGCAGUUAUUAUAUAAUUGUUUAUUUUUACAAUUCAAAUAAAUAUAACUGUAAUCUGUACAUAUUUGAAAAAUUUUGUAUUAUUCUUCAUUGUAUAAUAUGUAUAACUCAGUUUAUUUUUUUUUUAACAUUAAGCAUUUGAAUUAUAAAGAUAAUAUAUAUUUAUAAAUACUUAUUUCAACAAUCGUUUGCGGGUAAAGAAAAAACUAUAUGCGUGUUUGCAUUAAAAUAUUUUUUUAAUCGAGAUCCUUUAGUCAAAGUUGAAAUUAACUAUAACAACUAUAUAUGCUAAUUCAUGAUUUGCCAUAUAUAAAAGUAGAAUUUAUAUAGUUACAUAUAAGUUUUGAUGCUUCGAAAAUGAGCUUCUGGUCGGUGCAGCGAAAGGGUUGAAGUAACUGAUCCUUUCCGAUGUUGCAAAGCCAUGGGGUCGAUAACUGAUAAGCAUCCGUAUAGAUAAUUUGCAUAAUUUGCAAAAUCCGCAAAUUUUGCCGGUUACCGAAUAUAACGUUCUCGAAUAGUGAUUUUUUUGUAUGCACGAAUACGAGAAUAAAAAUAUUAAGAUAUUUUAA